AUGCAGGAUGAAGGAUCAGUUCUACAUAAAGUGGACAAAAGAUCCAUAUUGUCUAGAUGGCUUAAUACAACUGUCAUCGAACCAAUGAUUCAUGAUACGCAGUCUCCAGUGAAGACCGGAAUUUAUGAAGUGCUGAUAGACGCCGUUUAUAAUGGGACUGAUAUGGGACUAAUGCAAAUUAAGAUGCUCAGUACUCCCCUUCUUCCUAUGUUAAGCUUGUUGUAUAGAUAUCAUUUCGUCUUUGAUGAUUCCAACUUUCUUCCACUUGGAAUAUUUAUUAAGCUUGGAAUAUUAAUGAUAUAUAUAUUCCCAGAUAACAGAAAAUUAAUUGUAUCUCGCCAGAAGUGUUAUUGCACAAUGAAUUUAAGUGACUGGGCACUGUGUCAAAGAACAAACGGUAAAUGGUCUAUAUAUCCAAUGUGGUAUCAAACUAUUGUACAUAAUCGAUUCCUCAGUCAAGUUAAUGAACAAGUCGGUCCAUUAAUUCAUCGUCUCACACCAAAAUAUAUUGAUUUGGUAAAAGUUGCGAAUUCUAAAGAAUGUGAAUUGUCUUUACUAAAGAAUUUACGAAGAAUAAUUAAUGAAAACAAAUGUGCUGCAUGUCAGAGAGCCCGUAAUGCUUCAACUACUAAAAUUACCUUUCCUACUAAUGGUAAUCAACAGACGUUAGAAAAUCCGAUUGAUUGGUUAAAUAAUCAUGUGUGGUUUAAUUUAUUUUCAGAGCCUAGGAAUGACAAUGUUAUUAAAAUGCGUUUCGUAAAUUCAGAUGACAUUACUCAGAAAACAUUCACUGAUGUACGUGAAGAUGACUACAAACAAAUCAAUGCCAAAAUUAAAGAAAUUCGUCAAAAGAAUUUUGUCAGACAAUACAUGUACACAAAAUGAACUCCAUUAUUUUAAAUAUAACAAAAUACUGUGAUGACCAACUUGGUUGUCAUUAAUUUAUUAUUCUUUUUGUAAGACUAUCACUUUGAUGUUUCUAGAUUUUUGUUUAUUUGUAUGUCCCUUUUUGGUCUUCGUCUUAUUCACAACAAAACUAGUAGAUUAUUUCUCAGUUUUUAACAGUAAAC